UCUUCAGUUCUUCACAAAGUUUUUAUUGGCGCCAUCUUCGUCAAUUGACUCGAUUCCGAAAUACUGCGUUGUUAGGGUUUAUAUUUAUCCUCUUUCCUUCUCCGAUGGCUGCCUAUGGUGGCGCUGCUCCCUUCAGAUCGAGGGAGGGUCUUAUCACGAGACCGGUGGCGAGUUCCGAUGAAAUUCAAUUGCGCAUUGAUCCGAUGCAGGGCGACUUGGAUGACGAGAUCACAGGUCUUCGUAGCCAAGUUAGGCGAUUGAGAAAUGUAGCUGAAGAGAUAGGGACAGAAGCGAGAUUCCAGAAUGACUUUCUCAAUCAGCUGCAAAUGACACUGAUCAAAGCUCAAGCAGGGGUAAAGAACAACGUAAGGAGAUUGAACAAAAGCAUCAUUCAGAAUGGCUCGAACAGUGUUGUCCAUGUGGUUCUUUUCGCGUUAGUUUGCUUCUUUUUGGUUUACCUGUGGUCCAAAAUGUCUCGAAAAUGAUGCAUGUAGAAGUUCCCAUGACACCUCAUACCAUAGAAUGUUGCUUGGAAGGCCAGACGAGAUUGCUAAGCUGGACUAUAUUGUAAAUUGUCCUCCAUGGUUUUGUAUGUUAACAGUAACAUCUUGAAAAUCAUGUUUUCAAGUUUUUAUAAAAUUAUUGUGAUGCGUACCGCUUCCUCACCAUCAACUCUUUUAUAUUGUUAUAUUAUGUAUACCCUUUGACCAAUUUUCUCACUAAGAAGGAAAGCAUUAUGAUUUUCCUGAGUCACUCCCGAUCUUCUCACCAUUAAACACAUAAAUUCCAUUGGAACCAGGAAUUUUCUUUAA